AUUUCUGCUUGUAAUGAGUAUUAACUCAUUCGUUUCGUUUAUGUGUGUGUGUUUUUCGUCCAAAUGUCUGAUGGACUGACGGAACAGUUGAAGAAGUUUGUGUUUUCCUCCAAGUAUAACAUUAGGGGGGAAUCUCAGGAGGAGAAACUUGAAGUUAUCAUUCCUGAGCUUCCACAAGGGACCUACUCAUUUUAUACUUGGCCUUCGGCACCUGUUUUGGCUUGGUUCUUGUGGGAAAGAAGGUGUGAAUUACCCGGCAAACGAGUAUUAGAACUUGGUUCUGGCACAGCCUUACCUGGAAUAGUAGCAGCUAAGUGUGGAGCUCAUGUUACAUUAAGUGAGUCAGCUACUCUGCCAAAAUCAUUGUGUCACACCAGAAGAAGUUGUCAACUGAACAAUCUGAUUGUUAAUCAACAUAUAAAAGUCAUUGGUUUAACCUGGGGCUUGUUUUUGAGUAAUUUAGAUUCUAUUGACCCAAUUGAUUUAAUUCUUGGCUCUGAUUGUUUUUAUGAACCCGCUGUUUUUGAGGACAUAUUAGUAACAGUUGCUUACUUGUUGGAAGCUAAUUCUAAUGCUAAGUUUAUUUGUACUUAUCAAGAGAGAAGUUCUGACUGGUCUAUAGAACAUUUGCUGGCCAAGUGGAAUUUAGACUGUCAAGUGCACAAUAUAAACAACCUGGGAUCAAGUGGUGGUAUUGAUAUACACGACUUAAUUGGUAAUCAUAGUAUACACUUACUGGAAAUCUCCAGAAAAUUAUAGGAUAUGGCAAGUAAUGCUGUUCGUCAAGCUCUCAAAUUGUAUGUGGGAAAUAUUCCAUGGACAGUGAGCAGCAAUGAACUGAAAAAGUACUUCAGCAAGUUUGGUCAUGUUCAUUCUGCACAAGUAGUUUUUGACA